AUGACGACCUGGGGAAUAUAUUACAUCGCGCUUCUCAUCUACCGUCUCUGGUUGAGCCCGCUAAGCCGAUUCCCAGGCUCGUCUCUUGCUAGAGCGACAUACUGGUAUGAAUUCUACUAUGACUGGUUUAGACCGGGCCAGUAUUUUCGGAGAAUAAAUGAGAUGCACCAACGCUACGGACCUAUCAUUCAAGUCACCCCAGACGAACUUCACAUCUCGGACCCUUCCUAUUACAAACAUCUGUUCGUUACGGGCGGUUCUCGCAAGACCGAUAUGUACCCCGGGACAUUCCGAGGGACUCCUUUUGAAGGCUACAUUCAAAUAAUCAAAACGCACAACGUCCACCGCUUCCUACGAGGACCGAUAGAAAGAUAUUUUUCCAGGAACUCCAUGAUAGCCGCCGAGCCGCGAGUAAAAAGCUGCAUCAAGAGGUUUAACUCACGAAUGGAAGAGUUCGAAGGUACCGGAAGACCAGUCAAUAUGAAUUAUGCCCUGCUAUCACUUACCGUUGACCUUGUCUCGGCCACCGUCUGUGAGAAGCCUACCAAAUAUCUUUUAGACCCCGAUUUCAAUGCUGCUUGGUUCAGAACUCGAAUGAAAGGUAUAAUGGCUGUUCCGCUACUAGCUAUGUUGCCAAAGCCUUUGAGGUAUGGAACGGCGGGUCUUUUCAUGUGGUUUGUACAGUUCAUAUCAUCGCAUACAUUAGUGAAGAAGGAAUAUGCCGACUGUAAAUACGAGCAAAGCUUCAAAGAUGCUCUACGACCAUCGCCCACUGUGAAUUUCGAUAACACGGAACGGACAGAUGCGCCCAAGCAGCAGUUUGGCGAUAACAUCUAUGAUCUGGGUGGACAGCUUAUUCAAGAGGGAGGCAUAUAUCCCAUGUCCAAUUGCCUGCAGACCAUUAUUAUAAAUAUGGCGCUGGAUAGCAAAAAACUUCACAAUUUGCAGAACGAGAUCAAGACCUUUCUGAUAGAAAAUCCUGAAACUGAAGUCACGUGGAAAGAAAUCGAGAAGCUUCCCUAUCUGGAUGCAUGUCUUAAAGAAGGGUUGCGGCUUGUCGGAGGAGGCAUGAGACGAACAACUCGAGAAUUCCCUGAUACUGAUCUUCAUGUAGAGGGAUGGACUGUUCCAAGAGGAACUCCAGUCGGAAUGUCCUCUUACUGGAUGCAUAUGAACCCAGAAACCUUUCCCGAGCCAGAAAAGUUUAGACCCGAACGCUGGCUUCAGUCUGAGAAGAACCAGGACCCGCUACAACAUGAGUACUUUGUCCCCUACAGUAAGGGAUCAAGAGAUUGUCUUGGAAAGUAUCUGGCACAUAUGGGUUUAUGCCAUAUCAUGUUCGAGCUAUACAGACCAGGUGCACUAAGAUUGGAACUUUACGAUACGGACGAAGAGAUCAUGAAAAUGGGUCGUGGGUACCUCUUUUCGUUACCUGAAAUGGAGUCUGAAGGGGUUAAAGUCCUUGUUCAUAGUCCGGCGUGA